AUGACAAAGUUGAGGUGUCUACUUUUCACCUUUUUGUCAUUUUGUCUCUUUUCUCUAAUUCUUUUCUUUCUAUCUUUUUGCCUCUUCUUCAUUUUGUCCUAUUUUCAUUACAUCCCUUUUUACCUAUUUGUCAUUUUUUUACUUUUUGCCUCUUUUUUUUGCCUCUCUUUUUUCACCUCUCUCUUUUUUCACCUCUCUUUUUUCACCUCUCUCUUUUUUCACCUCUCUUUUUUUCACCUCUUUUACUUUUUUGCCUCUCUUUUUCAUUUUUAUCCUUUGUCACUUUUCACUGAUGUCACUUUUCACUUCUUUUACACCUUUCUGUUGUCAUUUUGUUCCUUUUUGUCUAUUUACCUUUUUGUCCUAUUUUGUUUGUUUUUUUGUUCACCUUUUUUUGAUUUUUGUCAUUUUUCAUUUCCUUUUUGUUUUUUUCAUUUUACCCUUUUUCAUUUUACCCUUUUUCAUCGCUUUUCAUCUUGUUGCAUUCCCCUUUUUUUGUCCCUUUUUACCUUUUCUCCCCAUUUUAUAUUUUAUCCCUUUUGCGUCUUUCUUUUUCCCUUUUUCUCCUGUUUUCAUUUUGUCCUUUUCACCCCGUUUUUCAUUUUUUUUUCACCCGUCCCAUUUUGUCCUUUUUUUUUUUUCAUUUUUUGUCCUUUUUUUGAUUUUGUCCUUUUCAUUUCCUUUUUCAUUUUUUUUCAUUUUUCAUUUUUUUUUUUCACCCCGUUUUCAUUUUGUCCUUUUCAUCCUGUUUCAUUUUGUCCUUUUUUUGUCCCUUUUUCAUUUUGUCCUUUUCACCCCGUUUUCAUUUUGUCCUUUUUCACCCUUUUUCAUUUUGUCCUUUUCACCCCGUUUUCAUUUUGUCCUUUUCACCCCGUUUUCAUUUUGUCCUUUUCACCCCGUUUUCAUUUUGUCCUUUUCACCCCGUUUUCAUUUUGUCCUUUUCACCCCGUUUUCAUUUUGUCCUUUUCACCCCUUUUUUCAUUUUGUCCUUUUCACCCCGUUUUCAUUUUGUCCUUUUCACCCCUGUUUUCAUUUUGUCCUUUUCACCCCCGUUUUUCAUUUUGUCCUUUUCACCCCGUUUUCAUUUUGUCCUUUUCACCCCGUUUUCAUUUUGUCCUUUUCACCCCGUUUUCAUUUUGUCCUUUUCACCCCGUUUUCAUUUUGUCCUUUUCACCCCUUUCAGUGACCUCAGAUAUACCAGACGUCAUUGAAGAUCUUCUUAACACUAACUACAUUGGAGUAAUAGAGAAUUUGUUUGCUCGAGAUGUUCUAGGAGAAAAUUUGAAUAAAGUGACUCCAUCCAAUAUUGAAAAUGCAAUUAAAGAUAAUGUCAAAACACUUAUUACCAAUAAACCUGAAAAUUCCUUAAAAGUUUUGGCUGUGGGUGUUGCCUGUCUCCAAUUCUAUGUCCAGAAUAACUGGACUGGGCCCUUUAUUACCAGUUCACCAUUAAAAAAGUACUAUGACAUGUGGAGUUCAAGUAUUACCAUCAAGGAGGAAGAUUUGAAUGAACAAAUAUUUAGUGCAUUGUCCAUGGAUGGAGAAGAGGUCUACAAAUUAAGCAAACACAUGUCCUGUUUUUUCUUAGCCAAAUGUGUGUUAAUUGGAUGUCAGGAUAUGCUCCAACACCUUUGGAGUUAUGACUGGUGGCUCAUACGAAUUAUCAAUAUAUAUCAACAAUUACUUGAUGAUAAAUCUCCUAGUCUAAAGAGUCUUGCUCUUGCCACACUAGAUAAAAUGUUCAGCAAACUAUCAGUAUUUGAAGGUGAUCAGCAAAGAGACCUGAAAAUUAGAUUUGAAUUAGAAACAGCUUACAUUUUUCUCCAGUUCUAUGAGUACAGAAAAGCUCAUGAACAUUUCAAAUCCGCUUGUAAAAUAGCCAAUCUUGAUGUUUCUUUGACAGGAGCUCUUGGUAAACGUACACGAUUCCAAACCAAAGAAGUUUCUCAGAUAUUGCUAAGAGUAACCCGCAUUCCUAAAGACAACAAAGACUGUGAUCAUUCUAAUGACAAAGAGAAUUCAGACACAUUAGACAAAUCCAUGUUGCCAAAGAACCUUGCUCAUGAUGACGAUACUCUCUUGGAAAGUAUACAAUUCACAGAUUUAAUAAUUGAACCAUCAGUAUACUUGACUCCCUUAGAGCAAGCAGUGGUACUGGGAUUAAUGGAAGAUCGAAGACGAUCUGAAGCAAGUCAGGAAAAGCUGACAAAUGAACAACUGAUUGCUUAUUUAUCGUUUGUUCUGUCACAACCCCAGGAAUGGUGUAUUCAGACAACUGCUCUAUAUUUACGGUCAUUCCUUGAAAAAUCUUCUGCACGUAUGCUUGACAGAUCAUUGAGACAAGUUGAGGAACUACAGACGACCUUGUCAUGGGAGAAACCCCCUACUCAAGCACGUAUGUCUUUGGUAUACUGUACACAAAUCCCAUCAUUUUGGGUAUUGAAGAAACAAUUGGCCAUGUUACUACUGAAGUUGGGUGCCAUUGGUUCAGCCUGUGACAUUUUGGAGCAGCUGGAAAUGUGGGAAAGUGUCAUUGUUUGUUAUCAACAAAUGGGUAAAAUGGAGAAAGCAGAGACUCUGAUUCGAGAACAGUUGGCCAUCAAGGAAACUCCAAAUUUGCUAUGCUUCCUGGGAGACAUCACCAGAAAUAUGGAUUGCUACAUUAAGGCUUGGGAAUUAUCAAAUCACAAAAGUGCAAGAUCCCAAAGGUGUCUUGGUUAUCUCUACUUUGGAAAGGAAGAUUGGGACAAUUGUUUGGCUUGUUUUGAACGAUCACUCAAAAUUAAUGCUCUUCAGGUACCCCUAUGGUUUACUUAUGGUUGUGCUUCUCUAGCAGCUCAAAAAUAUGACUUGGCUGUUAAGGCCUUUCAUAGAUGUGUGAUGAUUGAUUAUGAUAAUUAUGAAGCUUGGGGAAAUCUGGCUACAGCUUAUGUGAAAUUGAAGAAAAAGAAAAAAGCUUUUACUGUACUCCAAGAUGCUAUAAAGUGUAGCUAUGACAAUUGGAUGCUUUGGGAAAAUUAUCUCAUUAUUGGCAUUGAUUGCGGAGAGUUCAGUGAAGUGAUUCGAGCAUAUCACAGAUUGAUGGAUCUUCGAGAUAAGUGGCUGGAUAUAGAAGUUCUGACUAUUUUAGUACAUGCCAUUAAAGAAAAUCUCCCAGAUGCCAAGUCCAAACCAGCUGCAGAUUUGUUGCCUAAAGUCCUUGAGUUGUUUGGUCGAAUAACUUCCAAAAUUACAUCACAUGAUAUGGUGUGGAAACUCUAUGCUGAUUUGGUCUCUUUACAAAAAGAUUAUGAUCCUGAAAAGGUUGUGUUGUACUUGCAAAAAUCCUACAAGUGUGCUACACAAAAGCAAGGAUGGGAAAAAGAAAUUGAUAAAUGUCUUGAGAAUGGCAAGAAGGCAAUAGAAUUGGCUGAUGCACAUUUGAAAUUCAGUGAAACUGCAAAACAUUCCACUAUAUCUGUCCAGACAUUAUCUUCUGCUAAAUUUAUGCUUCGAGGAAUUUUAACUUCUAUUAAGAAACAUCAGACAGAACCCAUAACUGGUGAGCUGAACCCAGCAGUGAAAGAAAUAUGUUCAAAAAUAGAAGCUGCUAUAACUGUGGUCAUCAGCAAGUUAACCUUGGCACAAAUGUAA